AUGCUCAAUCCGCCAUGUUUAUCGUUGAUUUUUAGAUCAACUGCAAAGAUCGGUAGCAAAUUAACUAUGGUCGCAUCUGAAAAUCCAACUAAACGUCAAGUUCUCGUACCAGGUGGAGCAGGUUAUAUUGGUAGUCACUGUGUUGUUGAACUUGUAAAAGAUGGUUACCAACCGAUUGUACUAGACAAUGGUUCGAAUUCAUCACUAGAAUGUGUUAAACGGCUUGAGAAACUCACAGGAUCUAAUAUAAUUAGUUACAAAGUAGAUUGUCUCGAUCUCGAAAGUCUACGAGAUGUAUUUCGUAAACAAUCCAUCUACGCUGUUAUUAAUUGUGCAGCAUUGAAAUCUGUUGGCGAAUCGGUUCAAAAGCCAAUCUUAUACUAUAGAAACAACGUUGGUGCUCUAAUGAAUUUACUCACUUGUAUGGAAGAGUUCAAUGUGAAAAAUUUUGUCUUCUCGUCUUCCGCGACUGUUUAUGGUACACCUAAGUAUCUACCACUGGAUGAAAAACAUCCUUGCAUUGGUGAUGCAAUCGUUAAUCCCUAUGGAAAAAGCAAAUAUAUGUGUGAACAUAUCCUGAAAGACACGGCCAGUGCACGUCCAGAUUGGAAUAUUAUUAUUUUACGUUAUUUCAAUCCCGUUGGCGCUCAUGAAUCAGGUUUAAUAGGCGAAGAUCCGAUUGGCAAACCAAACAAUCUGAUGCCAUACAUUGCACAAGUAGCCAUUGGUCGACUACCAUGUCUCAAUGUCUAUGGCACAGAUUACAAUACGCCUGAUGGAACAGGUGUUCGAGACUAUUUGCAUGUAGUUGAUGUUGCUACCGGUCAUACAGCUGCUAUGAAGAAAUUAGAAGAGAGUUGUGGGUUAAAGAUAUAUAAUUUGGGCACUGGUAGAGGUUAUUCCGUCUUCGAAAUGAUCAAAGCAUUCGAAAAGGUAUCAAACAAAUCGAUUCCUACGAAACUAUGUCCACGACGUCCUGGUGAUCUUGAAUCUAUAUAUGCUGAUGCAAUGUUAGCAACGAAUGAACUUGGAUGGAGAGCAAAACGAAGUCUAGACGAAAUGUGUCAAGACUUAUGGCGAUGGCAGUCAGAUAAUCCAAAUGGAUACAACUAA